AUGAUAGCAGAGAAACCUAGUUGGAUCAGGCAUGGCGGCACACAGAUUUUCUCGAUUGAUAUUCAGCCUGGAGGCCUCAGGUUUGCUACUGGUGGUGGUGAUCACAAGGUUCGCAUUUGGAACAUGAAAUCUGUUGGCAGGGAAAUUCAAAUCAAUGACUCAUCAUCCAAACUUCUUGCAACCCUUCGUGACCAUUUCGGGUCCGUUAACUGUGUUAGGUGGGCCAAGCAUGGCCGGUAUAUUGCAUCUGGAUCGGACGAUCAAGCUAUUCUCAUCCAUGAGAGGAAGCCCGGUUCAGGGACCACAGAAUUUGGCAGUGGGGAGCCACCCGAUGUCGAGAACUGGAAAGUUUCCAUGACUUUGAGAGGACACACUGCCGACGUGGUGGAUCUCAAUUGGUCCCCAGAUGAUUCAACGUUGGCCAGUGGGAGUCUUGAUAACACAAUCCACAUUUGGGAUAUGAGUAAUGGUGUGUGCGGCGCCGUUCUUCGGGGCCACUCAAGUCUGGUUAAAGGCGUGACUUGGGAUCCUAUUGGCUCGUUCAUAGCAAGCCAAUCGGACGACAAGACUGUCAUAAUUUGGCGAACGAGCGAUUGGAGCCUUGCUCAUAGAACUGAUGGUCACUGGGCCAAAUCUCUUGGCUCCACUUUCUUCAGACGACUCGACUGGUCACCUUGUGGCCAUUUUAUAACCACGACUCAUGGUUUCCAAAAGCCCAGGCACUCGGCACCUGUUCUAGAGAGAGGGGAAUGGUCUGCCACUUUUGACUUCUUGGGACACAAUGCACCCAUUAUUGUUGCCAGGUUCAACCACUCGAUGUUUCGAAGGAAUGCCUCAAAUUCGCAUGACCUGAAGAACAUGUCUGCUGGUUGGUCUAAUGGUUCUGCAAAGCCUGAAGCGAAAGAUUCCCAACCGUAUAAUGUAAUCGCAAUUGGAAGCCAGGAUCGUACUAUAACUGUGUGGACCACUGCCAGCCCCCGCCCACUUUUCGUGGCCAAACAUUUCUUUUCUCAGAGUGUGGUGGAUUUGACUUGGAGCCCUGAUGGAUAUUCACUUUUCGCUUGUUCCUUGGAUGGGACUGUCGCCACAUUUCAUUUUGAUGCCAACGAAAUCGGACAUAAACUAACCGACUCCGAAUUACAGGACCUGAAGAGAAAUCGCUAUGGUGACGUGAGGGCUCAACAAGGAAAAUUAGCCGAGUCCCCGGCCCAGCUGAUACUCGAAGCAGCCUCCACAAAGCAAUAUCCUAGUAAAAAGAAAAAUUUAGCCAUCCCCGAGAGUCAGAUCUCUCCAAGACCCCCAGUUGAUUUAGCUGUCACGGCAAAGGUUAGCAAGACUACUGUCGAUGGUGGAAAGAAAAAAAAUAAGGAGGCUAUCAAGGACGGGCCGAGUCAAGUGGUUUCGGCCCGGAUGUCGAGCCCAGUGAAGCAGAAGGAAUACAGGCAGCCCGAUGGCCGAAAGAGGAUAAUACCAGAAGCGGUUGGGACAACCGCUCAUCAGGAGAGGCAGAGGCCAAUUGGCGCUCAAUCUGAAAAUCUUGAAUUCUCUGGGAAGUCAUUGGAUCUUGUAAACGGGACAAUACAUGGUGAUGGUGGUUUUAGAGAAGGAUCAUUAAGGAAACAAGUAAGUUCCAUGGCUAAAGCCUCUAUUACCGAGAACUUGGUCAUCGAGAAGGUCCCGGCUAGUGAGAGCAAGGAAAUCGGUACUAAUGUUGAGCAGGUUGGGUACCAAGCUUCAGGAAGUGUUCUAUCGAUUAGGGUGUUUGAUAAGGAACAAGCAGAGGAUACUGUACCUGUUUGCUUGGAAGCUCGGCCGAGAGAGCAUGCUGUUAACGAUAUUGUGGGGGCAGCAAGUACUUUCCUGAUUAAAGAAACAGAACUUUGUUGCACGAGAGGGUCUCAGAAUUUAUGGGCUGAUAGGAUAUCUGGGAAGGUCUCUGUCCUGUCUGGGAAUUCCAACUUUUGGGCUGUUGGCUGUGAGGAUGGGUCGCUCCAGAUUUACACAAAAUGUGGGAGACGUGCUAUGCCGACCAUGUUGAUGGGUUCCUCUGCGGUUUUUAUCGACUGUGAUGAGUUGUGGAAGUUGUUGCUCGUCACAAAGAAAGGGUCUGUAUAUAUCUGGGAUCUUUUCAACAAGAAAUGUCUGCUUCACGAUUCCUUGGUCUCGUUAAUAACAGCAGACCCGAAGUCUAAUGCUAAGGAUAGUGGUACAAUCAAAAUUAUAUCUGCCAAAUUAUCAAAAUCUGGAUCGCCACUUGUUGUUUUGGCCACGAGGCACGCGUAUCUCUUUGACAUGAGUCUCAUGUGUUGGCUGAGAGUGGCAGAUGACUGUUUUCCUGCAUCGAAUUUUGCAAGCUCUUGGACUGUGGGUUCAACUCUUGGUGGUGAGUUGGCUUCUCUUCAGAAUGAUGUCAGAAAGUUUCUGGCACGUAAACCAGGAUGGAGCAGAGUGACUGAUGAUGGCGUGCAAACACGAGCUCAUUUGGAAGCUCAGCUGGCAUCUGCAUUAGCAUUGAAUUCCCCAACUGAAUACCGACAGAGUCUUCUAUCAUACAUUCGCUUUUUAGCCAGGGAGGCAGAUGAGUCCCGUUUACGUGAAGUUUGUGAGAGUUUUCUCGGCCCUCCUAUUGGGAUGACUGAACCCGGGUCGAAUCCAAAGACACCAGCAUGGGACCCUUUUGUACUUGGUAUGUAUAAGCAUAAGCUCCUCAGGGAAGAUAUUCUUCCAGCUAUGGCCUCAAACAGAAAGGUUCAACGGCUUCUCAACGAGUUCAUGUUCCUUUUAUCCGAAUACGAGACCACCGAGACGGACCCAAAUUCUGAGGCUCAAACACAUAAUACAAAUUCUAAGGCCCAAACAUGUACUGCCAAACAGUCUGUUGACGCCAUUGAUUGUACUUUGCAACAAACCGACCAAAUGGACACUACAGUUCAGAAUGAUUGUAUCCAACCUGCGGAUGCAAAUCAUGCGCAAAAAGCGCAAAACACAAUGGAUCUAAUGAAUGUGGAUUUACCGGGUUCGAAUCAAAAUAAAUCGGGCCAGGGUUCUUGA